UAUAAACCGACACCUCUUGCAUAACCAAUACCCCAUCCAGAUUUCUAAUGGCAGCAACUAAAGGUCUUGUGUUUGCUAUGCUUCUUAUUUCUUUUGCUUUUGUGCUCCUUAUGGAAUCAGCCCAAAUGGUUAUCACAACUCAGGUUGAUAGUCCUCUUCCUGACGAGAUAGAUUGUGGGGAAGUUUGUGAUGCGAGAUGCCAAUUAUCAUCGCGGCAAAAGAUCUGCAAGAGGGCAUGUGGAACAUGCUGCGCUCGCUGUCAAUGCGUUCCACCAGGCACUUCAGGCAACUAUGAUGUUUGUCCCUGCUAUGCUAAUAUGACUACACAUGGUGGCAGGCAUAAGUGUCCCUAGGCAAUGUUCUAUAAUGAUGAUGUUACGUCUCAGAUCACACAUAUCCAAAAUAAAGAAUAAUUGAGAUAAUAACUUCGAUUCUAGAAGUAUAUCAACAAGAAUGAAUAAUGUAGAUUUCACUAUUUAUAGAGGGUUGAUGUUCUGAAA